AUGAAGGAGCAUCAAUCGGCGAAAUUGAAAAUCGCAGGGAUCGACGUGCAGCUAAUAAGGUCGCUACUCAAGGUGAUCAUCCUUGUCUCGAUAGCAGGGGCAGCGAUAUCGUCGCGGUUGUUCUCGGUGAUUCGAUUCGAGUCGAUCAUCCAUGAGUUCGACCCCUGGUUCAACUUCCGGGCCACAAAGUAUCUCGUGCUGCAUUCUUUCUACGAGUUUUUGAAUUGGUUCGACGACAGAACGUGGUACCCCUUGGGCCGGGUCACUGGAGGCACAUUGUACCCUGGCCUCAUGGUGACUUCGGGCGCCAUAUGGCACAUAUUGAGAGACUGGUUGAAAUUGCCCGUUGAUAUCAGGAAUAUCUGUGUCAUGUUGGCUCCCGUGUUCAGUGGCGCCACUGCGUUUUGCACCUAUUUGUUGACCACGGAAAUGAAGGAUUCCAACGCGGGGUUGUUGAGUGCGAUCUUUAUGGGAAUUGCCCCUGGCUACAUUUCGAGAUCUGUCGCGGGCUCAUAUGACAAUGAAGCUAUCGCCAUCACGUUGCUCAUGGCGACUUUUUACUUUUGGAUCAAGGCUAUGAAAUUGGGAUCGAUCUUUUACGCUACCUUGACGGCCUUGUUCUAUUUCUACAUGGUUAGUGCAUGGGGCGGCUACGUUUUCAUCACAAACUUGAUCCCCUUGCAUGUGUUUGUGUUGUUGUUGAUGGGCAGAUACAACCCAAAGUUGUACGCUGCCUAUUCCACGUGGUAUGCAUUGGGCACUUUGGCAAGUAUGCAGAUUCCAUUUGUGGGCUUUUUGCCCAUCAGGUCGAAUGAUCACAUGGCGGCCUUGGGGGUGUUUGGAUUGAUCCAAUUGGUUGCCUUUGGCGACUAUGUCAAGUCCAAGGUCCCCUCCACCCAGUUCAAGGCCUUUUUGUGGGUCUCGAGCAUCUUGGUUUUCGUCUUGGGAGUGGCUGCCUUGUUUGGAUUGACGGCGAUGGGAUGGAUUGCUCCUUGGACUGGUAGGUUUUACUCCUUAUGGGAUACAAAUUAUGCAAAAAUCCACAUUCCUAUCAUCGCCUCGGUUUCUGAACAUCAACCGACUGCUUGGCCUGCCUUCUUUUUUGACACUUCAAUGUUGAUUUGGCUUUUCCCCGCUGGUGUCUACUUGUGCUUCCAGGAUUUGAAAGAUGAGCACGUUUUCAUCAUCAUCUACAGUGUGUUGUGCUCCUAUUUUGCCGGGGUUAUGGUGCGGUUGAUGUUGACUUUGACUCCCGUGAUUUGCAUUGCAGCAGCAAUUGCAUUGUCCAAGUUGUUUGACGUUUACUUGAACGUGGUUGACAUCUUUACCGAACCAACAGGCUCCUCCAAAAAGAAAUCAUACGGGAAGUUGCCCAUUGCCCAGUUGGUUUCCAAGCUUGCUGUGUUGUUGUCAUUUACCUUUUACUUAUUCUACUUUGUUUUGCAUUGCACUUGGGUCACGUCAAAUGCAUACUCAUCACCAUCCAUUGUUCUCGCUUCCAAGAACUUGGACGGCUCACAACACAUCAUUGAUGACUACAGAGAGGCAUACUACUGGUUGAGAAUGAAUACUCCAGAAGACGCUAAAGUUAUGGCGUGGUGGGACUAUGGCUAUCAAAUCGGCGGUAUGGCUGAUAGAACCACUUUGGUUGACAACAAUACCUGGAACAACACUCACAUUGCCACUGUCGGCAAGGCAAUGUCUUCACCCGAGGAGGUGUCGUAUGAAAUAUUCAGACAGCACGACGUCGACUAUGUCCUUGUAAUCUUUGGAGGAUUAUUGGGAUACUCUGGUGACGAUAUCAACAAGUUCUUGUGGAUGGUGAGAAUCUCCGAAGGUAUUUGGCCCGAUGAAAUCAGGGAAAGGGAUUUCUUCACCGACCGAGGUGAAUACAAGAUGGACAAGGAUGCCACGCAAACAAUGAAGAACUCAUUGAUGUACAAGUUGUCAUACUACAGAUUUGCCGAGUUGUUUGGCGGCAGGGAUGGUGUAGAUAGAGCGAGAGGACAGCAGAUUCCCGCCAACGAUCCGCCGCAGUUGAAUGUUGUUGAAGAGGCCUUUACCUCGCAAAACUGGAUUGUCCGUAUCUACAAGGUGAAGGACUUGGAUAACUUUGGAAGAGAUUUGAGCCAAGCAACAACUUUUGACGCUAUGAAGACAAAAAAGAACAGGUCGAUAAAGAGACCAAAAUUACCGAUUAGAGAGUAA